AUGUCUUCCAAGAAGAACAGAAAACGCCUGAACCAAAGCACCGAGAAUAGUUCGCCCUCGGCCUCCGCUGCUUCCUUUCCUGAGGGGGCCACAGCUUCAGCCGUGGCGGCCGGGACUUUGGUGGUGAUCAACUUCCUAGAAAAGGAUGACAAAGUUCCUAAAACAUUCCAGAAUUCCCUUGUUCAACUUGGACUCAACACCAUGAAGUCUGCAAAUAUAUGUAUUGGUCGACCAGUGUUGCUUACCAGUUUGGAUGGAAAGCAAGAAGUCUAUACGGCUUGGCCUGUGGCAGGAUUUCCUGGAGGGAAGGUUGGCCUGAGUGAAAUGGCACAGAAGAAUGUGGGUGUGAGAGUUGGUGAUGCCAUCCACGUCCAGCCUGUUUUGGGUGCUGUGCUGCAAGCUGAGGAGAUGGAUGUGGCACUCAGUGACAAAAAUGCAGAUAUUAAUGAAGAACAGUUGACUGGUUGUCUUCUGAGAAAACUAGAUGGCAAGAUUGUUUUACCAGGCAAUUUUCUGUACUGUACAUUCUAUGGACGACCAUGCAAGUUGCAAGUGUUGGGAAUAAAAGGGGCAGAUGGCACGAUGUUGAGAAAGUCUCAGAAUGACCCUGACACUGAUGCCGGUGGAAUGGCUUCUGAGCCAUCCAGCAUAACAACCAGUACCCUGGAUUUAUCCUUACAGCUAAGUCAGUUAGAUCUGGAAGUGUCCCAAAACCCAACAUCAAGCAGUACUCCUUAUAAACUAGUAGAUGACAGAAUGAUCAAUAAAGCUGGUGACAUUUUGUCAGAUGUUACACAGAGUCCUAAUGGCAAUGGACUUGGAUUAGAGGAAGUCACAGGUCUUAAAUGUAGUUUUGAGUCUGCCAGAGAAGUAAAUGAGCAACCUAUUAAUGAAGAGAGAUUGCUGAAGUCACCCAGCGUGGGAGCAAAAUGCAACACUGAUACCUUCUAUUUUAUUUCUUCAACAACAAGAGUCAAUUUUACAAAAAUUUGCACAAAAUCAAAAGAUCAAGACAACCAAUUAAAAGUGACUUACGAUAUGAUCGGUGGCUUAAAUAGUCAGCUGAAAGAAAUUAGAGAAAUAAUUGAAUUACCUCUCAAACAGCCUGAACUUUUCAAGAGUUAUGGAAUUUCUCCCCCUAGAGGAGUGUUGCUCUAUGGCCCUCCAGGUACUGGAAAGACAAUGAUUGCCAGAGCUGUUGCUAAUGAAGUCGGUGCCUAUGUUUCUGUAAUAAAUGGUCCUGAAAUUAUAAGCAAAUUCUAUGGGGAGACUGAAGCGAGGUUACGUCAGAUAUUUGCUGAAGCCACUCUGCGGCACCCAUCAAUUAUUUUUAUUGAUGAGCUGGAUGCACUUUGCCCUAAAAGAGAAGGAGCUCAGAAUGAAGUGGAAAAAAGAGUUGUAGCUUCACUCUUAACACUGAUGGAUGGUAUUGGUUCAGAGGGAAGUGAAGGACAGGUGUUGGUCCUUGGGGCCACAAAUCGCCCUCACGCUUUGGAUGCUGCACUCCGAAGACCUGGACGAUUUGAUAAAGAGAUUGAGAUUGGAGUUCCAAAUGCUCAAGACCGGCUAGAUAUUCUCCAGAAACUGCUUCGAAGGGUACCCCAUUUGCUCACUGAAGCUGAACUGCUACAGCUGGCAAAUAGUGCUCAUGGUUAUGUUGGAGCAGACUUGAAAGCCUUGUGUAAUGAAGCAGGUCUCUAUGCCUUGCGAAGAGUCUUGAGGAAACAGCCUAACCUCCCUGAUAGCAAGGUAGCUGGGCUGGUGAAGAUUACUCUGAAAGAUUUCUUGCAGGGGAUGAAUGACAUCAGGCCCAGUGCCAUGAGGGAGGUAGCAAUUGAUGUCCCAAAUGUAUCCUGGUCAGAUAUAGGAGGGCUGGAAAAUAUCAAACUGAAAUUGAAACAGGCUGUGGAAUGGCCCUUGAAACAUCCAGAGUCUUUCACUCAAAUGGGUAUUCAGCCACCUAAAGGAGUUCUUCUAUAUGGGCCACCAGGAUGCUCUAAAACAAUGAUUGCAAAGGCUUUGGCUAAUGAGAGUGGGCUGAACUUCCUAGCUAUAAAGGGACCUGAAUUAAUGAAUAAAUAUGUUGGUGAAUCUGAAAGAGCAGUUAGAGAGAUCUUCCGAAAAGCAAGAGCAGUGGCUCCUUCCAUUAUUUUCUUUGAUGAACUUGAUGCCUUAGCAGUUGAAAGGGGCAGUUCUUCAGGUGCUGGGAAUGUAGCCGAUCGUGUUUUGGCUCAGCUCUUGACGGAAAUGGAUGGCAUUGAACAGUUAAAGGAUGUGACAAUUUUGGCAGCUACUAACCGCCCAGAUAGGAUAGACAAGGCUUUGAUGCGGCCUGGAAGAAUUGAUAGAAUCAUCUAUGUGCCUUUACCAGAUGCAGCAACAAGAAGGGAAAUAUUUAACCUGCAGUUUCACUCUAUGCCAAUUAGUAAAGAGGUUGAUCUGAAUGAACUCGUCCUCCAAACAGAUACAUACUCAGGAGCAGAGAUUAUAGCCGUCUGUAGAGAGGCAGCCCUUCUGGCUCUGGAAGAAGACAUUCAAGCCAACUGCAUUAUGAAAAGACACUUUACUCAAGCCUUGAGCACCGUGACACCCAGACUUCCUGAGUCAUUGAGACGUUUCUAUGAAGAUUAUCAAGAGAAGAGUGGGCUGCAUACACUCUGA